UCGGACGGGCGCCCCCGCUCCCCAAAACUACAAAAAAAAAAAAAAACAAAAACUAAAAUUUCGCUCCAAACAUUCCAGAUCGAUAGGUAGUCGUUUUUAUGUUCAUCGUUCACAAACUUUUCGUUCGCAUUCGCAAGCGUCUGCAAAUUGUUUUCUUAUUUGAUACCUUUUAGGUUUUGGUCUGAACAUUUAUCACAGGUAAGGGUUUGAAGAAUUCGCGGAGCUUUCGGCAUGUUCAAAGUUUUAAAUAUUAGUGGGUUUAAGGGCUUCUAAAUUUUAUGGAGACAAAUUUUUUAAGAUUACCGAGCUCGCCGAUUUAAACAGCGAAGGUUUUGCAUUGCCCACAAGAGAAAUUGCUGAAGUGGUGUAGAGAAGAGAGGAAAACAAAGCUGCAAAAUGGCGACCAAAGAGGAGACACCUGUGCAAAUUCUCGAUCGCUCAAUGCGUAAAACUCGGGGAAAACGGAUGUCAAACCUGGUGGAUGAUGAGCUAGAGACCGAUGAACAGUUUUGGGGUCAGGAGGCCUUUAAAGAGGAAGACAAUGAUGAUGAAUAUGAACAAGAAGGGGAUGCAGUCGAUGAGUUUGACAGUGAUUUUGAUGAUGAUGAACCUGUAGCAGAUGAAGAGCCUGUAGAGGCAGAAGAAAGGACUGUCAAGAAGAAGAAGUUCCUUCUGGGGACAGUCGUCAAGAAAAAAAGCAAGAAGAAGGUUUUAGCUUCUUUAGAGAUUUCCCCUGAAACUGCAGAAUAUUCUGCCCAGGAAUCAAAACCUUCUCACUCCAAAGAUCAGGAGACGGCUAUUGAUCUGGAAGGAGAGAAGACAGUUAGAAAAUCUACAAGAACAGCAGUUAUAGUGCGACAAGCUGAGCGAGAUGCUCUACGGGCAGCUCUACAAGCAUCGAUAAGGCCUGUGAAAAGGAAAAGGGAGGGAGAGGAUAGGAGAAUGACACAAGAAGAGAUGCUCCUAGAAGCUGCACAAACAGAGAUCAUGAACAUACGGCAUUUGGAAAAAAUGCUAGCACGGGAGGAAGAAGUUAAGAAAAAAGCCAUUACUAACAAAUCUGUAUAUUCAGGUCCAGUAAUACGCUUCCAUUCAAAGGAUGGGAAGAACACUUUGGAGUUUACUAAUGUGUCAACAUUUCCAUCAGAAAUCUUUUCAAAAUCUGUCCCCUAUCCAGAACAGCCAGUAUGUGUUGUUACAGGCCAGCUUGCCAAGUAUCUUGACCCAAAGACUGGAAUGCCUUAUGCAACAAAGGAAGCAUUCAAAAUCAUUCGAGAAAGGUUCUCAGAAAUUAAUAAACAUUUGAGUGGUGACCAUGUUUUUGAAAAGGGCUCACUAGCUACAUCAAUUCUAGGUCAAGGAUUUGCUAGGAAAGGAAAGCGGUCGAGUGUUGGAAGGUUUAGAUCAUCUGCAACUCAACGCAAGAGAUCUGAGUCGGAAUUACAGUCAGCAGAACUGUUUUUGCCUUCAUCUGUGGAUAUAAAUGAUGCAAGUCCUGCUGUUUCUGAUUUAAAACACGAUUUACAGACGAAUGCUACGAGAGAUCUAUCUAGUUUGCCAUCAUCAUCAACAUUGCUUCAACCAGCUCAUGAGUUCAAUGGGCACGAUAAUGGCGAAUCUGAUCCCAAAACUUGUACUAAAGAAAAAUGCACAGUAACACCACCUGGUGGAUCAGUUCCAACAUUAAGCAUCGGAUCACCACUUUCAGGUCCAGAAAUGAGACAAACAAGCAUGUUUGAAGACUUGGAUUUGGGUUUAAGACUUGGUACAGGUUCAAAGGUGCCGAAGGGAUUAAUCUUCAAGGAUCCCAAGCCAUAGCAUUUUAUUUUUCCAAAGGUGUCUUGGAACUUGUUCAAGCAUCCGACUUCUCUAACUUUUCGUUGAGCUCUUCAAAGACGUACGGAAUGCCUGGGAUGACAUUUAAUGACAUUUCGUUUCCCAUUUGAAAAGCUAAAACAAUGUAUACUAAUCAUGCAAAGGUGCAGUUUUUGUUUCAAUUAUAAUGUUCAUAGAUCAAA